UCCGUAGGCUGAUGGUGUUUAUUUUGUCUUAGACAUGUAGACAUCCCAAAUUAGAAAAAUGAAUAUGUUAAUCCUUUUCGCGAUAUUGGUUGUGGUGUUUUUUAGCGUCUCUAGACUUUUGCCAUUGGUUUUGUCCUGGCUGUUUGAAAAGAAAUAUAAGGUUCCUCUGAAGAUUGGAAAAAUCGGGCUUCCCUAUUUGACCCUAUGUGAUAUAACGUUAUCCAAAAAUGGAUUUGUUAUUCAUAUCAGCGAAGUCAGUAUCAAAAGCAGUUUUUUAAAUUCUGAAUUGACAAAACUAAUAACCCUUGUUAUUAAGGAUGUAAAUAUUAAGGAUACGAGACACAUUAAGCCUUCUAAGGCCGCCCAUAACGUAGAAGAAAAAAAGUUGCUUGAUUUUAGGGAGAAGAAAGUACCUUAUUUUAUUAAUAGCUUUGCGCAAUUUAUGGCUGUGCAUAUUUACAAUACUUCCUAUGUUUCGCUACUAGAUGCGGAAACUAGCACUCUGUCCAAUACUUUUGUUAGAGAGCUGCAUCUGGAUGGAAGCAUAUUAAAAAAUGCAAAGUCUCUCUUGGUAACUUUAAACAUUAUAGAUGCCCAAAUACAUAUUGUAGAUCAGGUUAGGCAUAAUCAGCUGGCAGAUUUCGGUUUUGCCAUUGCAAUGGAGACAAUUUUGGUGGCACAAGGGCCACUGUCAGUGGAGAAACUAGAUGUUAAAAUGUCACACAGCAAAGUGAUAUUAAGAAGCAACUUUUAUUCACUGCUCCAGCAAGCAGACCAGAAACAUAUGGGAAGCAGUGACGGCAGAAAACAAUCAUUUUCUGACUCGGAAGAUGAUGUUCUGGACAGAAUUUUGCCUGUUGUACCAAAGAAUUGUUCUUUGCAUAUUGAUAACACAUCUUUCAAAGGUUACAAUAAAUUGGAUAAAAUAGAGUAUGUGUCAGAUUUAAAAUCUUUGGCUCUCAACUAUCGCCCUGUGCAGCAAACUGAGAGAAACAGCGUGCUGUUUAAUUUUUAUCUGACCGACUUGGUCUUGGAAACCAAUUCCGAUAGAGCCGUCGAGUUGAAGAGUCUAAAUGUGGAUGCCAGACUCAAAAACAAUGUAAUCAACAUAUAUUUGCAACAACACAACCUCAUGAUCACCUACAACCAUAGCGUAAUGUGUCGAUGGAUAACCUCAAAUUUUUUGCGCCGCAGUUCUGCCACUCGCGCGACUUCUAACCUCAAUCCUUCAGCGAUGGUCGCGAAAAAACGCAAAUCCAUGUUAGAGAACGUUAUCAAGGACAUCAUGAUAAACUUUUGCGCCGAAAUUUCGAACGUCAUGGCCAUAGUAAAACUAAAAGGGGACAACACUUCCUCGAUCGGAUUUAAUAAGGUUAGGUUGAUGUUGGACCAGGUAGCUGAUAUUAGGGGAAGUCAGUAUAGGUCAUACUAUGCCAACUUGCUUUUGAACAAUCGUCACUGGCAGACGGAGCUGCUCGUCGAGUCGUUUUGGUGGUCUUUCAAAGAGUGGAACAAUGACACUCAAAUUUCCAAGGUUCUGCACGUGUGGGGCACGCCCAUUUACCUAGGCAUGGCCCUCAUCAAAUUCUGCACCUCGGAAGACGAGCACAUCAAGCUCUAUUGCCUUCUAGACACUGUGCAGCUGGAGUGGUCGUUGGAAUUGGCCGAUUACGCUCUGCUAGCUCUUAAAUCGAUGAUGCACUAUCGCAUUCCACUGGGCGGGUGGUCUAAUAAGAAAGCGACUGACGGUGGAUUAACUAACCUCAUAAGCAACGUGGUUGUCACUCAUUUUAAUUGUUUUUUACAAUCGCAAAACAACGAAUAUUUCGUGUCGCGGUUAGACGCGGUAAGCGUCGACACGAGCCUCGAAUCGAGCAGCUGCAAGUUCGAAGAGUUUAAACUCUUCACCCUUCAAAAUACGGGCGACUACUACACCUGCAUAAGGACCGAGGACAUUCUCAACUAUAAAAUUUUCCUCAAAGUCGCCCACUUUAAUUACGUCGAGAAAAUGAUGACCCGGGAGUUCAACUUGUCGCUAUUGGACAACAUCGUGACGUUUUGGUCGGCCAACUUCCACUUGAAAGCGUUGCUAUUGUAUAAGGACAUUAAGGAUUUUUGCACGACUUUUAAAGAGCACUUACCGCAAGCGGAAAACGCGGGCGCGAAGCCAGAUAAAAUGCCGCUGAACGUGCUCAAUUGCAACGUAUUCGGCAAAAUGGAGUUGAACGUCGACAUCAACCGUCUUCACAAGGCAAAGAUCACGAUAGACGACGUCUCAUUAACGAAACACUUCGCUUAUUACUUGAGCGACUUGAGUUACGCGUUUAGUUCGAUCGGAAUAUCGAUAGACGAGUCGGACAUAUUCGAACUCAAGGGCGUGUCGAUCAAGAGACUGCGGAAGGAGAACGCGUACGCGAAAGCGUUACGUCAGGAGCGACGCGAAGCCGGCUGCGCAGACGACUUCAACAAUAACACGUUCGUCGUGUUCAUAGAGUUGUUCAAGGCCGUGUUUCCGCACGAGCACAAUUACGCGGAGGCGGUGCGCAAUCACUUCCAGUCGAUUUUUAAGUGGCUGAAAAUUUUGCACGGCCGGAAAAACGACGGGACGCCCAAGAACCCUCGCUUGAUGUCGCCCGAUUUCCUCGUCAACGUUAAGGAAUUCCUGCUCGAGAUGAGCGAUGACCCGUUCGAGGUUAGGUUGAGGGACAACUUCGAGCUGCUCGUGGACGAGUACAACGAGAGCGUGAAACGGCAAAAAAUGCUGAAAGAGAAGAUUGCCGAAUUGCUUAAAACGCAUUUGCACAUGCCCGCCGGCAAAGUGGAAGAACUUUACGCCACUUUGAAGAAGAAGAACGCCGACAUUUACAUACAGCGAUCGAAGCUAAUGUACCAGGCCGCCCCUCAGCGAACUAGGUUGUUCGCGUGGAGCAUGGUGGACGUCGAGAUCAUGGUUAUGUUGGAUUGGAAUCAGUUGGAUCCCUACGACCGCAUCCGGGCGAUGGACCCGGACAGUCAGUGGCCGGGGGGCGCGGAGGAAAACGUCGAAUUUUCCACGAUUUGGUGCAGGCACGCUAGCCUACGCUGCCUCGAGUGGAAAUUCCAACUUAGGGACUUUCCGCAGCCCCUGUUGCAUAUUAAAAAGAUUUACUUGUGCGGUCAGAUCGCGGGGGCCGAAGAACUCGCCCCGAAAAGAGCGACCAGAUUCGUCACCCUCGAUUUGGGCGAGCCCUUCGAGCCGGUCGAUGUCGCCCGCAGCAUGCAACCGCUUAAAUUCUAUUACGACUUGAAUUGCGAGAUCGAGUCUUUCAGUUACGCCUUCGGGCCCUGUUGGGAGCCCGUUAUAGCCCAGUGCAAUUUGAGUUUCAACAAAAUCUCGCCGUUGUCCAGAGAUCCCUCGCCCCCAUUGACAUUCUGGGACAAAAUGAGACUGCUGAUGCACGGCCGACUCACUAUGGUCGUGCAGCAGCUUCAGGUACUGCUGCACGCGUCCCUCGAUCCUUACAAUACCACCGAGGAGAUGGCGCUGACGUGGGAGAAAGUCGUCAUGGAUUGGACCAACGCAAAACUGGUCUUUAAGGGCGACCUUAACAUAUUCGUGAGGACCGCCUCUAAAUACGACGACGUACAACUGUUGAAGUUACCCAACUUAAAACUGAUACUGGGCUUUCAAUGGGUGUGCCUGGGCGAUCCCAACGACCACCGUAGCGUCGUGUACUGCGCCCCUGACAAAAUCCCCGAGUAUUCCAGUAACCAGGUUCACGACUCAUUUAGGGCGUUCCGGUCGCAAAACCUGAACCUGAGCAUCACGUUGGAGACGAAACCCUGUUCGAGUCAACCAUCGAACUCGUGUCCUAUCCUACUCCUCUACGGUAGCACACUGAAAUGGAUCGAAAGCCUCAAACUAAUUCUGUCAGGGGUGACAAGGCCCACACGGAGAGGUCGGAUAUUCGGCAACCUGCGCCCCAGGAAGCAGCAGCUCAGCCGUCACUAUAAAAAAGUCAAUCUCCUCGUAGGUUUUCACCAGUUUCAGGUGUGCUACUGGAUGUCGUUCGCGAUGCAUCGAGGCUGCGAACUGUUCGGGGGAAGGCUUUCGUCUAGUUCGGAACAUUCUCUGUCGCUGAUUCCGAUCGACGACGGGCUAAAGCACAGACCGAAGGCGGAGUGGUCCAUCGUUUACAUGAAUUCGGAGCUCAACGACUCGGAGAUCUGGUUAAAAAGCGCGCUGGAAGGAGAAUCGGAAAUCGAAACGCCCAGACUUCAGCCGGUAGAGAAGUGCUACUGUUUAUCGGUGGCGAAGGUGUCCUACGGCAGGGAGGCGGUCCUUGGUACCAGUUCGGAGCGUAACAAAGAUACCCCCACCCACAGGUUGGUGGUGUACGAUUUGCGAGGGGCGUGGACCAAAAGCAACAGGAACGUGGUGUUCGCGUUGUUCGACGCGUUCAUGAAGAACCUGAGGAUGAAGAAGAACUUAUCGACCGAAGCGUUGAAAGGGUUCCGGAAAGACACCAACACAACGCCGCUGAAGAGGAGAAGCGAUUCGACGGGAACGCCUACCAACACAGCUAUCCAGGCCAUCCAGUCAACGACGACGGACACCCCGUCGCCUAUCAGCAAAAUCCAGUCGGGUCACGCUGCCAACAUGCUGCAACAGCUGAUCGCCGAAGCCGACAACAAUUCGAUCGUCUACAGCGACGAUUUGUCGGCGGUCUCGCGACAACAGCACUUGCAGGGCGUGCAGGCUUGCCAAGAGGAAGACGUCUUACAUAAAAAGUGGCAGAUUUCCCUGGUCAACGCGCAGGUAUUGUUAAAAGGUUGCGAAACGAACGGUUACGUAAUCUUAAGCGCCGCUAAAGCCGAGAUAGUUCAACGUAUCCACAGGCCCGCGUGGAAAGACCGUACCCUCGUCUCCAAAACCACUUGGACCGGCUCGUUGGAGUGCAUGCAGUAUUACGCGACCGUGAACGCCGGCGAUAGCGACGCCGCCAACGAGAACAUCAUGUGGCUCACCGUCGACAAUAUACAAGAAAAGGGCUCGGCCGAAAUUUCCGAACCCUCCGAAGUGCCCAACAUGGUCGGUAGCGGGGUCUCGGUGGGGGCGGUCGUGAGCGACACCGUCGGUCCGAGUAGUUCGCGUCAGCUUCAACGGAUCGUCUCGAGGUGUCGCUGCGAGUUCUUCUACGCCGGCUACGGCGACAUCAGCGUCGAUCCCGAGGGGAUUGCGGAAAUUCCGCCUCCGCCCCAAGAGGACGUCAGUCCCUGGGACAGUAGGCACAAGGCGGUGGACGCGUUCACUUUGAUGCACCACGACCUGGACGUGUGCACGAACUCGUUGCAGUACGCUAUGCUGCUCGACGUCAUCAACAACCUCCUACUGUACGUGGAGCCGCACCGGAAGGAAGCGCUGGAAAAAUUGGCCCGGAUGCGGUUCCAGUUGCAGCUCCACAGCGUCGACGACCAGAGGCGGCCGAUCCAAGAGAAACAGACACUGGUGCGCAGCACGAUGAACAAACUGAGGAGACUCGAGAAGGACACCUACAUGGUGAACAAGGCCUUGGAGGAGAGUCCCGAGGAUUUGGACCUGCGCCACGAGCUGGAUCGGUUGGAAAGACUGAUGCACGACUGCAAAAAUCACCUCAACGCGCAGAGCGAGGAGCUGGACAUGAUGCUGUCCUGCUAUAAGGAGACGCAACUGCUGAUGAACGCUCGCAUGGCCACCACCAGGAGCGACAAACCGCUGACGGUGGUUAGAGCGAACGAGAUAUGCUUCAAGCACGCGCAGUGGCGGCUGACGGAGGCCGACGGUCAAAUCGGCAUCGCCGAUUUAGUGUUGAGUAAUUUUCUGUACACAAAAAAUUCGAAAUCCGACGACUCCGUCGAACAUUUACUGGAAUUGGGUUACCUGCGGAUGACAAACCUGUUGCCCAACGAAAUACACAAAGAAGUCAUCUGUCCCACCGAGAUCCAAUACGAUAUGCCCAUAGAACACAAGAAAGUUUUAAGGAUCUUUUGCCGGGAAAAAUCGCCGGUGGGUGGUAUCUCGGUCAAGGAACAUUUCGAGAUCAACCUGGUGCCCCUCACUAUCGGGCUGACGAAAAAAUUCUACAACACGAUGAUGAAGUUCUCGUUUCCCGAAAGGGAUUCGGAGAACGCGGAUUAUAACGAUCGGGCCAGCGAAGAUGGCGACGCGGAGCCAAAAAACAAGAAGAGCAAGUCUAAGAAGAAGAGCGACUCGAACUUUUACGUUCACAUCGACGACGUGGAAAAGAUGAAGGAAAGGGCGGAAAAGAAUAAACUCUUUGUGUAUAUCAAAAUUCCGGAGGUGCCAGUGAAGGUGAGCUACAAGGGCACCAAGGAGAAGAACUUGGAGGAUCUUCGGGACGUGUCGAUCGUCAUACCCACUUUGGAGUACCAUAACAUGACGUGGACGUGGCUGGAUUUACUUAUGGCGAUCAGAAACGAUACCAAGAGGGUUAUACUGUCGCAGGCUAUAAAGCAAAAGUUGCAAAUUAAACGGAACACGGGCACCGGCGAGGACAGUUCGACGCCCCAGGACGAGGACAAAGCGAAAAUGCUACUCGGGUCCAGGCACGCGCCCGAAAACAGGAGCACCCGGAAAAAGGUGAGCGGCGUGUUCGGUUUCGGCAAAUGACGAAGGGCCGAUAAACUAUAGCCGGGCGACGGGAAUUUUGUAGGUUUAGGCCGCUACGAAACAUGAAACGCUUCAUAAUUUAUAUUUAUUUUCGUAACGAUGUGGAUA